AUGUCAAAAGUCGCUUGCUUCAUGAAGUUCACGUUUCCAACAUCGGUCAAGUUUCAAAGGACGUCGAGCAGAAGACUUCCACUGGUGGCCCAAGCUUUUCUUGUAGGCUUUGGUUCCCUCUUUGCAUCGAAAUCCUCCAAGACCAGAUGUGACCAACAAAAAGAACCACCCGGGCUACAAGUGGAAUUGAAAGAUUGGCUCCUGAAGAACGGUGGUCACUUUGCAGCCAACAUCACCGUUGAGCAGAUCCCUGGCCGUGGCUAUGGAAUUGUGAACAGGGGAGGAACCAUCAAGCAGGGAAAGAUUUUGCUGCGGGUUCCUUGGGAGCUGAUCCUGUGCAAGGAGCAAGUCGAGAAGGAUCCUGCUUUGCAGAGCAUUUUGCACCAAUGGGCAUCAACUGAACCAGAGAAGUACACCAGCCAGGCCAUUCGCUUGUGGCUUUUGCACGGCGCAGGACACACUGACUGGUCGCCUUGGUUGUCGAAGCUUCCACACGAUAUCGGAGCUGGUGCUGAGAGCUUGCCAUUGGCGUUGGCCUUCUGCCACAGCGAUGCUCUCAGAGGAACGUCCCUUCAACAUGCUGCUGAAUUGCAGCUCGAGAGCCUGCGGAGUGAAUGGGGCAGGCUGAAACAAUUCUUGGACGUCAGCUUGGAGAGGUUCAUUUGGGCUCAAGCGAUGCUCUCCACCCGAUCUAGUACACUGCCAAUGGAUGGCAAAGUCCUGUCCUGCUUGAUACCGGUUGUGGACUUUGUGAAUCAUGAUUUUCAUCCCAACGCUUUCAUCCAGGGCAGGAAGCAAGGGGUCGAGCUUAUUUCUUGUGAAGGAAUCCCACCAGGCGGAGAGGUCCUGAUUUCCUAUGGCCAGCAUGAUCCAUUGCAAUUCUUCUUUGCAUUCGGCUUCUUGCCGGACGUGGACAUAACCCAAAUGUUGGUGCCAUUGAGGGCCAAUAAGCCUCUUCUCUUGCGAGCCAACCAACAGGACUUGGAAGAAUUGCUCACAGCCAUGGGCGACAGACCCCGGGCAGAGCAGAUUGCAGCUUUGCAGAGGUUUCUUCGACUCUGGCAUCAUGAAAUGCAGCUAAGUUUCUCUGAAGCCCAGACCACGUCAGCAGCGUUGGAGUUACGACGGCGCAUGGUGAAACUUUUGGAAGAUGCUAUGGCGGAGGUUGAUAAGAUGGCAGAGGUAGGGUAUCAAUAG